GCACAGCACCGACUAACCCAUCCCCUACUCUGCUCCUUCUUUUAUACCACCCCUGCACAACACAGUGGCCGCAUCUGACAGCUGUUUUUCCUCCUGUCUUUUAUAAGCGUACGAAAUUGAUCGAAAGGAAAACGUAUACAUAAUGAUUUUCUAAUUGACGAGAUGUUCACCGAGGUGUGAGAUUGAUAUACGUGAAGCUGUACACUCGGUCGAUUUAAUUAACGUAGAAAUCGUGUUACGAAAUAAAGUGAAAUAAAGUAAAAAUGAUGCUGCACAAGGCGAGUCUGAAGCUGUGUCGUCUCUGCGGCAAGGAAAAGCAACAGGGCACAGAUUUAUUUACGGACAAGGUUAAAGGAACUGUCCUAUUGUCCAUUAUUAACAAAUACUUCUCGAAAGAGGUGAUUAAUAUCUCGAAUACAGAUGCAUUUUCCAAGUACGUUUGCAUCGAUUGCGAGCAGAAAAUCUACAUAUUCGACGAGUUCUGCUUGAUGGUGGCGAACGUACAGAAACAGCUCGCCGCUCCGUCUUUAGAAAUCGACUUUGCGGAAGAUAUGCUGUGUCAACUGAAGGAAACCGAUGCAAUACCAAAGGACGCUUUGGACAAACAGGGAACGAGUAAAUGUACGUGUCUGAUAUGCGGGAAAAGUUUCAGAUGCCAGGCGCACUUGAAUAGGCACAAACGUAUUCACACAGGGCAAAGACCUUACGUCUGCGAUAUCUGUAAAAUGUCGUUCAACCAACAGGAGAUCUUGAUGAAGCACAAGGAGAGGCACGAGGGUAAGAAACAGUUUCAGUGUGCAAACUGUCAUCAGUCGUUUCGUUACAAGGUCUCGUUGAAAUCGCACAUGAUCAAUUUCCACAUGGACAUGGAACAGCAUUCCGUGGCCCCGCAAACUUCGCGAGUCGAAGGCAACUCGUUCGCAUGCACCGAUUGCGGCAAGCAGUUUGUUACCAAGUAUAAAUUGCAAAGGCACUCGAGGUGCCACACGGGCGAAAGACCGUAUCAUUGCAAUUUCUGCUUGAAGACGUUCUCGCAGACCGGGAAUUUAAAGGCGCAUCAAGCAAAGUAUCACCGAAUGCCCGAUUCCGUGGGACAAGCUCAGGCUUAUACCAACGAAAUGGUCGGCUGCGAUAUACCAACGUUAAAUAAUUUCCAAACGGUGAACAUGUCCGAGAUCGAAUUACAGAAUACGAUUAACGAGACCAUAAAUUCGACGGAGCAGAACAGCUCGUACGCGUCGAAGAUGUAUGAAAAUUCUUUGUACAUCGAUGAUGAGAUCGAGACGAUACUGGACCGAGAUCUCGGUCAGUUAGGGCAGAACAAAUAUACCACGAACAUGCAAGAUAAGGUGCCACUUUGUUUGAAACAACCGGAGACACCCGAAUUGUUACACAGCCUAUUGUACGACGAUGGAUAAUUUUUAUAACAGUGGACAUUAGGAAUGAACGUUCAUUUGUAUUUACUUAUAAAAUAUUGUAAUACUGUGUGUAUUCCAUACAAACUAAUAACAUCUUCGUUGUUUCAAUCUUUAUCGUUGCGAU